GGUAGCCAAUGCAUUUCUUUCCCCCCAUGAGUAAUGCUAGCCGUGACUCAUUUCUCCUCCUUUUUUCCUUUUUUGCUUACCUUUUGCUUUCUCUGAUUCUCUUUCUUACUCAUUCACAGUCCUGUUUUCUCACUUUCUUUCUUGCUAUCCUGCUUUUCUGUCCUUUUAGUAUCAAUAAUUCUUCAACUUUAUUUCCAUAUACCUUCUCUCUUUCUGAUUGAUUGAUUCAUCCAAAUACUCAAUAUCCCUCAUUUCUUUUGUUUGAUUCAUCUAAAUUCCAUCCAUAUUCAUCCAAGUGAAUCUCUCUCCCUCUCCCUCUCUCUCUCUCUGAGUUUUCAGAGAUACCCAUUUUGGUUUGCUGGAAGAGGAACAAGAAGCCCUGUUAGUAAAGCUUAUCAUCCAUGGAGGCCCCAAAACCAGAAGAAAUAAGCCACCCACCGAUGGAUCAGCUCCAAGGAUUCGAGUACUGUAUUGACUCCAAUCCUUCUUGGGGGGAGGCAAUUGCUCUGGGUUUUCAGCACUACAUCCUGGCUCUAGGAACUGCAGUUAUGAUUCCAACUAUGCUUGUAAAUUAUAUCGGAGGAACAGACGACGAUAAGGUGAGGGUGGUUCAGACUCUGUUAUUUGUUGGGGGCAUUAAUACACUGCUCCAGACGCUAUUUGGAACACGGUUGCCUACUGUUAUCGGAGGUUCUCAUGCCUUCCUCGUUCCAAUCAUCUCCAUCAUCCAUGAUUCGUCCUUUUCUCAAAUCCCCGACCCUCACGAGAGAUUUAUCCAAACAAUGAGAGCAAUCCAAGGAGCUCUUAUAGUGGCAUCAAGCAUUCAAAUUGUACUGGGCUACAGUCAGCUUUGGGGAAUCUGCUCCAGGUUUUUCAGCCCACUCGGAAUGGUUCCAGUGAUUUCACUUGUGGGAUUUGGACUAUUUGAUAGAGGCUUUCCCUUGGUGGGCAAAUGUGUAGAAAUUGGGGUUCCUAUGCUUCUCCUAUAUAUCGCAUUUUCCCAGUAUCUAAAAAAUUUCCAGGCAAAACAUGUACCAAUAUUCGAGCGCUUCGCACUAAUAAUUUCAAUCACUAUGAUAUGGGUGUAUGCACACAUUUUGACAGCAAGUGGUGCAUAUAGGCAUCGCCCAAUUAUCACACAAGUCAGCUGCCGAACCGACAAGGCCAACCUCAUUUCAUCUGCACCCUGGAUAAAAAUCCCAUAUCCACUGCAAUGGGGUGCUCCCACCUUUGAUGCUAGUCAUGCUUUUGGAAUGAUGGCUGCUGUUCUAGUCUCCUUGAUUGAGUCAACUGGAGCAUACAAAGCAGCAUCUAGGCUGGCAAGUGCCACACCUCCCCCAGCUCAUGUUCUUAGCCGUGGUAUUGGUUGGCAGGGAGUUGGGGUUCUACUGGAUGGACUCUUUGGAACAGGAACUGGAUCCACUGUGUCUGUAGAAAAUGUGGGUCUUCUUGGAGCUACUCGAGUUGGGAGCCGCAGGGUUAUUCAAAUCUCAGCUGGGUUCAUGAUAUUCUUCUCAAUCUUAGGGAAAUUUGGAGCACUGUUUGCAUCAAUACCUUUCACCAUCUUUGCCGCUGUCUAUUGUGUCUUAUUUGGACUUGUUGCAUCGGUGGGACUGUCAUUUUUGCAGUUCACAAACAUGAACUCUAUGCGGAACCUCUUUAUCACUGGUGUUGCCUUAUUCCUAGGACUGUCUGUUCCUGAGUACUUCCGUGAGUACACUCUCAGUUCCCAUCAUGGACCUGCUCACACCAAUGCUGGAUGGUUCAAUGACUUCAUCAACACCAUAUUCUCCUCCUCCCCCACUGUUGCACUGAUUGUUGCGGUUUUCCUUGAUAACACUCUUGACUACAAGGAUACUGCUAAAGACAGAGGGAUGCCAUGGUGGGCCAAAUUCAGAACUUUCAGGGGAGACAGUCGGAAUGAGGAGUUCUACACCCUCCCUUUCAACCUCAACCGUUUUUUCCCUCCGGCAUGACUUGAUGCCAAUAAUUUUAAUGAAGAAAAUGAGGAAGUAUAUGUGCCACAAUCCUAGUGAAGAUCGGUGAGGUGUAUGUUUUGACUUGAAUUUUUUAUUCUAUGUAUAUUCAAAUGGGCUAUUUGAAUGAACUUAAUCUAAUAAACUAUUCUAUCUA